AUGGAGCUGUAUAGGCAAGUGUCACACACGACACAGGAAGCUCUUGCUCUUCCGCCCAAGUACCUGCGCAUGUAUGGCGACUUUGUAACCAAGAAUGCCAGUGCCGUCGGCCAGAUCGAGGGUGCUUUGCGCUCCUUGACCUAUAUCCUACCAGGUCGUUUCCGCGAUACCGAGAUUGCGUCCGAGUCUCUACACUCGAGCGUCCAACUACUUUCCAUAUAUCAUGACUCCCUCCUUGCGCGUGCGGUGCAGCGUCUGCCGGCGCUACAACGCCCUCAUCCCUCGCCACACACCCGCUAUACUCGAUUCUGGGCCCAGCACUCACCAGCCUACAAACGACUCGCCAUGCUUCUGCAGGUGGUACAAUAUACUGAGCUACUGUGCGAAAUGGCUGCAAAGAGAAGGGGAGAGAAGGCAAGGUGGAAGGUCGUCGUACUUCUCGAGAGUGUCAAGGCUCUGUGCAGGCUGCUUCUUAUGCGUCUGACCAACUCCCGACCGCUGUUGAACCCACCAUUGCCCGAGCGCGAGGCAGACCCCAGCACAUUGGAGGACAAAGAUGGCAGCGGACUGGAGUCACCACCCUCUGAGAAGUCCGAAGAGACCCAAUGGACAAUGCCUAGGACCGGACUUUCGCUACCAACCCUGCCAUCCUCUUCCGACAUUUCAGGUUAUCUAUUGUCCAAAGCUCUGACAGCGGACGACAUCAAACCGCCAAAGGCCUUGUUGCAUCGAGUCAACGGUAUGGGUGAAUUGGCAGAGGUCCUCUAUAUCCUUCGGCCAGUCAUCUAUGCUGCAGCAAUGCAUUACUGGGCAACCAAGAACAAGAAGAGCUGGCAGCCUUGGGUGCUGGGUGUCACGAUAGAGUACGGCGCACGCCAACUGGCAAAGAAGGACCUUCAAGAACGAAGAGCCGGCGGCCUCCGCGCAUUGACAGCACUUGAAAAAGAAGAGUUGAAGAGACGAGGCUGGAGCCUUGGAUGGUGGCUGAUGAGAGGUGCAUUCUACGAGACAUUCACCAAAGCAUGGAUUCACUCAGUGACCACCAAGCUUCGAAACAAACCGCUGCUCGACAUGGCUGGCGGCAUCAUUGAAGAUUAUGAGUUCCUGUGGGACCAGUAUUAUUUCCCUACUGCAACAUUGUAG